UUCUAUUCGAUCGACACCGCCAUAUUGGUUAGUCUCAUAAAAAAAUUCUAAAAAAUUAUUUUGUGCUGAAAACAUUGAUUGAACUUGAUUUUUGCGUUGCGAUUGGAUUUAUUUCGAGUGAUUUGUGUGUCGCAAUGGAUGGCCGUCGAGAGAGACAACCACCCGAUAGACAUGGGUUAAACAAAUUGCCGCCAGAAACUGGUGAACUGCUAUUGUCUGAGGCCGAAAUAAAAUCGGAGCCAAUGAUUAAAGAAGAACCAGAAAGUGUAGGUGACAUUCACAUGUUGCCGAUGUCAGAAUUGGACAACAACAGACCCCAUAAUGCAAUUGUCGGGGAUCAAAUUGAUGAAAUAAACGAUUUUGAUGGUGUUUGUAAUUUGGUUGAGGUUAAAGAGGAGGUGAAAACGGAAAAUAUUGAAAAGAAAGCUGAAGAUAUUUCUGGUGGUGGUCAUCAAAGUGAUGUAUCAAUGCAAUCACCGGAUCGGGGUGAACAAAAGGCGACUACAUCGCAUGGUAAAGCAACUAAAGGCAACGGUGAUAGUGUCUGCAAAAGCAAUAGGUACAAUGGCAAAGAGGGUCAAGCUGCAGCGAAGCCGAUUGGUAAACAGCACAAAUGUACAAAGUGCGAGUAUUCUACUUUGAAGAAAAGCCAUUUUAAAACACACAUUCUGACUCACACUGGCGAGAAGCCGUUUCCAUGCACCUUGUGUUCAAAACGAUUAACCACAAAAGAAAAUCUGAAAAGGCAUAUGAAAACGCACGUCAAAGAAUUUCUGUUUAGUUGUUCAAACUGUUUGCAUGGAUUUUCCCAAAGAAAUGAACAAUUGGAACAUGAAGUUGCUUACAAAGUUAAACGUUACGAGUGUUUUUUAUGCAAGAAAUACUCUACUUUGUAUAUACAAACGCUGUUUGAAGGAGCAUAUGCGGUUGCAUAGUGAUGAAAGACCAUUCCAAUGCAAUGAUUGUACAAAGAAAUUUACCUGGGAAACUAAUAUGAAACGUCACAUGAAAACUCACAUCAAUCCUCGUCCAUUGAAAUUCAAAUGUUCAAUUUGCUACAGAAACUUCAAUCAACAAGCGGAAAAGGACGAUCAUGAAGGACAUUGUAAGCGACGUGGUUUUCAAUGUCAUGUGUGCCAACAGUUUAAAAGUAAUGGACUCUGCAAUCUUAUGAAGCAGAUGCGAACACACACCGGUUUCAAACCAUUUCAAUGCGGAUUCUGCUCAAAAUGCUUUAGUCAACAAGCACAUUACAACAGACACAUCAAAAUCCACAAGUAAUUCUCAAUUAAUAGAAGAAGCAAUCAAUGAUUCAACAAUGUUUUUGGAUUUUAGAAAUUAAACUUCAAAAUCUCCCAUUAUUGAAUUUUUUUCUUUAUUCAUGUUUCAUUGAAAUAAAUGAAGUAUUACAGUUUCUAAAAAUA